GUUUAUACAUGUAUAUAAUCCCGGAGCUGACCCAGAAAAGUAACUCUGGUGACGGACUCUCGCUCGCCUAACAGUGCACUAGAGAGCACCGAUCGUUUUAAUUCGAUGAAAUUCAUGUAUUUGGUGCAUCGCCUUUGGAAGUAAAGACAGAGAUCCAAUAGCAGAAAGAGAACUCGAGAACUUCAGAGCAGGGACAUUUUGCUGGGUGACAGAGAAGCCAUGGCAGACCACAUGAUGAUGCCCAUGUCCCACGGCCCUGCGACGGCCCUCCACGGCUACAGGAUGGGGGGAAUGGGUGGCCCUCCACAGCACGCCGUGCCGCAACCCGGUCUCCGCACCCUCCCCAACGGCCAGGUCAUGCACUACGGCCGGGUGCCGCAGACCUCCAUGGAGGCCGCCAUGAGGCAGCGACCCGGCCUGGGGAUGGUGGGGCCGGCUGGGAUGAACGGUCAGGUGAACAGCCAGGUCAGCGGAGCUCAGAUGGGAGGACACCACCACCAGAUGAACCAAAUGAUGUAUAACCAACAGCAUCAACAACAGCAUCAACAACAACAUCAACAACAACAACAACAGCAGCACCACCACAUGCAGCAGCACCCCCAGUCUCAACCCCAGCACCCCCAGCAACAGUACCACCCCAGUGGGCUCACCUCCCAGCAGCUCAUGGCCUCCAUGCACCUCCAGAAACUCAACACCCAGUACCAUGGACAUCCACUGGGGCCGGUCCAGGGCCAUCACCUGGCCAACGGGGCCCAGUACAGAGUAGGGCCAGGCCAGCUGGCCAGCAUGCAGCACAUGGGUCAGGGUGGGCCAGGUAUGGUGCUGGGACAGAAUAUGGACAUAGACCUGAUAGAUGAGGAGGUUCUGACAGCGCUGGUGUUGGAGCUGGGUCUGGACCGGGUUCAGGAGCUCCCAGAACUGUUCCUGGGUCAGAACGAGUUUGACUUCAUCCCAGACUUUGUUUCAAUGAAACAGCAGCCGAGCACCGUGAGCUGCUGAGAGAUACACAACAGCCAGAUGAAGAAAGACGCUGUAAAAACAGGCUGGCGCCCGGGAAAGACUGAACCACAGACUAGACUAGCCACAGCAGCACAGACAAGAGGAGACAAACCGAUUAUUGUUUCUGUUCUCUGUGUGUGAGUUUAGGCUAUCUAUCUGUGACCAUGUAUAGUAGGUCUACAGAACACACUGACCUACCUGUGAAUAGUAGGCCUACCUGUUGGUUUAAAAUGAAUUAUAAGGACAGAAAGAGAGGAGAGGAAACAAAAGCUUCCUCUGCAUCAGGCUGGUCAGCAUCAGUGUCGUGAGAUCUGAGCUCAGUCAAUUCGGCCACAGGGUGACGGUCUCUCUGACACAGUGGCCUCUGACGAUUCUGUACUGCCUACCGUCCUGCCUCUGGGCUGCCACCCAUGUCCUAGUCUCACUGUGUGUGCUGAGGCCUGAGGGAUGAAUGUAGACUCAUUCAGCAGGAUGGAAAGACGAGACAGACAAGCUGAGACAAUACAAAAACUAGCUUCACCCGAGACUACUAGAUUCGAUUUAUGGCUUUUAGAAAUGUAUUUAUUUAUGAAUUUACCCCACCAAGUUGCUAGCGGACAUUUGACAAAUUGAGUUGUUAAAAAAGUUGGUCAUCUGAUUAUGAAGGCUGUUGGGGGGGGGAAAUAGUUGUUUAAAAAGAUGCCUAACUAUAUUGUGUGUAUGUUGAAGGCUGGUUCUUCAAAACAGGCUUGGAGGAUUCCUUCCUCGUUACCUUAACAUUUCCUUUAGUAAGAGCCUGAGAGAGAAUGGGCCAAUGGGGUUAGAUUUUGUUGGGUGGUGGGGGUUUAUGAGUCUCUGAUUGUUUGGGAAUUAACUGUGUUACCCUGGCGAUCUGGUUCCUCUCCAUGACAUCAUCUGAUGACAUAAUCAGAACAACAUUCUAUUUAUCAUUAAAACUUAAGUUUCCUUGAA